GGGACCGGAGGCGGCGCGGUCGGCAGCGGCAGCGCAGACAAAGGCGCGGGCGGCGCGGACGGCGAGGAGGGCGCGGGGAGUCGGCGCCGUGGGCCGCACCCGACUCCGCUGGGACACUCACGGGGCGCCCGGCCAACAGGGUCCUGAGGUUGGACCUGCUUGACCUCUCUCAGCUUGUCCUGGGCGGACACUCACAAGCCCCCUCUACCCCAGAGACCGAACCAGCAGCUCGUGCCACCCCUCAGGCUGCCCCUUGGAGCCCACCCAGCCCAGCCUGACCAAUGUCCACAGCCAGGGAGCAGCCCAUCUUCAGCACACGGGCGCAUGUGUUCCAGAUCGACCCAGCCACCAAGCGGAACUGGAUCCCUGCGGGCAAACAUGCACUCACCGUCUCCUACUUCUAUGAUGCCACCCGCAAUGUCUACCGAAUCAUCAGCAUUGGAGGCGCCAAGGCCAUUAUCAAUAGCACUGUCACCCCCAACAUGACCUUCACCAAAACCUCCCAGAAGUUUGGACAGUGGGCAGACAGUCGCGCCAACACUGUUUACGGCCUUGGCUUUGCUUCUGAACAGCAUCUGACCCAGUUUGCUGAGAAGUUCCAGGAAGUGAAGGAAGCAGCGAGACUGGCGAGGGAGAAAUCUCAGGAUGGGGGGGAGCUCACCAGCCCAGCCCUGGGGCUCUCCACCCACCAGGUGCCCCCGACCCCCCUCGUCAGCGCCAAUGGCCCCCCCAGCGACGAGAAACUGUUCCGCAGUCAAAGCGCCGAAGCCCCUGGCCCCGCAGAACGGGAGCGGCUCAAGAAGAUGCUGUCAGAGGGCUCCGUGGGCGAGGUACAAUGGGAGGCCGAGUUCUUCGCGCUGCAGGACAGCAACAACAAGUUGGCGGGCGCCUUGCGAGAGGCCAACGCAGCCGCCGCGCAAUGGAGGCAGCAGCUGGAGGCCCAGCGUGCAGAGGCCGAGCGGCUGCGGCAGCGGGUGGCUGAGCUGGAGACCCAGAUAGCCGCAGAACCAACCCCAGUCAGUGAGAAGGAGGGGCCAGGCGAGGUGCUGGAGCAGCUGGAGUCCCUAGUGCAAACCAAGGACCAGGAGAUCCAGACCCUGAAGAGCCAGGCUGGUGGGCCCCGAGAAGCCCCUGACACAGUGGAGCGUGAGGAGACACAGCAGAAGGUGCAGGACCUGGAAACCCGUAAUGUGGAGUUGGAACACCAGCUGCGGAUGACAGAGCGCAGCCUUGACGAAGCUCGGGCUGACCGGGAGCGGACAAGGGCUGAGCUGGGCCGGGCCGCACAGCUUCUGGAUGUCAGGCUGUUUGAGCUGAGCGAGCUUCGGGAAGGCCUAGCCCGCUUGGCUGAGGGUACGCCCUGAGCCCGGCUCAGCAGCCAGUCCUCGUAGGAGCUGAGGGCUAUGGGAGCAGGUUUUAUACAAAUGCUUUUGGCUGGGGCAUGGGCUGGCCGCAGGCGGUCCAGCAGGCUUCGUGCCCUGGCAAGGACUGGGGCGACUCAGCCCCAAGGAGGGCCUGGCCACUCACAGCUCAGGGGCUGUUUGGGGCUUUUCAUUGUAUAGGAUUUCUAGAAUCCCCAGGGCACAUGCUAGUGCCCAGAUUACAUUUCUAAGCAUGGUUAUGUGUGUGUGUAAUGUGUGAGCACCUAAAUUCCAUCACUGGACACUCUCCUGUGUCCUCUUGGGUACACCUUAGCUGCCCCCUGUCCGUGUAGGGCUGGAAAGCCACUUGCAGGCGAGGAUGAUGCAGCUCAUAGCCCAAGGGGAUGCCCACAUAGCUCCACCUGGUCCUGCUGCCCCCAGCCCUUGGGGCUCAGCCCAUGUUAUCUAGUUAUCAGUUUGGACUUAGGUGGCCCCUGGUAAGCCCCCUUUUACUCUGGCUAGGGACCCCAAAAUUGAUGAACUAGACGGGCAGAGCAGCUCCCGGACCCCAGCCACGUUCACCAGGGAAGCGGAUGACAUUCUCACCCACCUCAUGGCCACAUCUGGAGAGGUGCAGUUGCUGUGUCCAUUUCCCAAAUGAGGAAACCGAGACCCCCCCAAGGGGCUCUACCAACCCAGGGCCAACCAGCUGGAACAGCCAGCACUGCAGUUCAAA